AUGGCCAAAGUGGUGGCUGUCCACCCACUCAAUAGGGCUAGAGAACGAAGAGCUCAUGCCCAUGAACCACAACAACAACAAGAAGAGGAAGAGGCAGAAGAGCAACCUCACUUCUUGGCUCUUCAACCACCACCACACUACCAAUAUCAACAAUUUCCAGAGGGAUUUAACUGGGAGCAAUUGCAAGGAGAUGUACACCAAAUGAAAGGAGACCUACACCACUUGAGGGAAGAUGUCGAUCAACUCAAGGAGACUCAGCAACAACAAUGGAGCCAAGUCAACCAGAACAUUCAGCAACUCCAAGGGGGCUUUGAGAACCUCAAGGAGCAGCAAGAUCAGAUUAACUGGAGAGAGAUACAAGGCAGCCUAGGAGUGAUUCUGGAACGACAACUACAACAAAUGGGGAGCCUUGCUGAAUUCAGACACCUUUAUGAAGAAAGGGCUAUAGCCAGAGGGGAAUAUGAUGGCUUUGCACAAACAAAGUUGAGCUACCUGUGCAAUGCAGUGGCUAACAUGAACCCUAAUUACCCCACCUAUAUGCAGAAAUUGGAGGAACUCAGCUCAAGUCUAGAAGAAAUAGCAUACCAACACAAGAAGAAUGUGAAAUCUUACAUGAGAAGGUUAGGAUUUUGGAAGCCCAAGCCCAAGGAUUACAAAGGAAAAGAAGGUUCCUCCAAGCCAGAUAAAGGUGGCUCAUCCCCCUCCAAGAAGAAGGACAAAGGGAAGGGGCCAACGAACUAA